CAUAUUUUAAAUAUAAAUUUAGUUAAUCUUCAUAAGCUGUCCAAUGCAGUGGCGAAACUGGAAGUAGAAAAUGAUCUGUUUCUAUGGGCUGGAAGAGUCAAAGUCAGGGUCCAGUGUUACCUGGCUUUUGAGUUCCAUCAGCUGGUCUGCUAACAAGAAGACUUCAGACCAAGGUCUGGUCUGCGGGAGAAUUCCGGACUUCUUGUCUGGGUCUUGUAGGAACUAGUGUACCUCUCCAAAAGGACAAGACGGGAGAGGAAACUCUUGAGCUUCUGAAUGAUCAAGUUUUUACAUCUGCUGUUGCAAACUCUACCCCACAGUGAUGGUCGUGGUCUGCAUCCAGUGGCGGCCACUUAAAGCUGGUGGGCUCUUCUGGCUCAGAUCACGUGGUUCCUAUAAAUGCUGUGGCCCAAGUAAGGUUUCGUCGGGAACCUUGCUUUGCUUAUCCGGUGUGAGCUCAGCUGAAAAGCCUGUUGUUCAGGUGAAUUUUGAACGUGUGGAAAACAGGAUGAUUAUGUUAAGCUUCAGGAUUUGGGAAGUGUUCUACCCAUUAUAAAAUAUAAAGAAAUGUAUCUGUUUUUUUCAGAAUAACUAUAGCCUAUAUGUCUUUGUACUCUAAUGUUGAUUCUUCAGAAUUGGAUUUUCUUUCAGUUUGUGAAGUACAAAUGUAUUGUGGCUACUGUCAAAGCUAAAUAAAUACAAGGUGGAGCUUAUACUUGAAUUCAUUUUUCUGAAUUUAUGCCUGAACGCUAAUGUAGACCUUUUAUUUUUUGUUUUUCUAAAUACACUGUAGAUACUGUGCAAGACACAUUGCAUAAAAGGACUGAGGAUGCUAAAGGUAUGCCUGAAACUCUGUAUUUUGAAAGGAUAGAAUACAGUAUCCUGGUAACGUACAGGAAAGUCACACCUGAACAUUUCUGAAAGCGAAAAAUGCACUGCAAAACAAAUCUAAGGUGAUAUUUUAAAAUGCUUAUCCAUUUUUACACAGACUUGUGUUCCUGUCACAUAACCAUUGGUUUGAUGCAGUUGAUGCUUGCUUGAGGCUUGACAGAUUGUGCAGCAAUGCCAGUUAAAGCUGAGAAGUAUGAUCGACCUACGUUCUAGUAAUUUGUGCAUAUAACUACUGAGAGUCUGUGCUGCUUUCAUUUGCAAAACCACACAGCGGCUCUGCAGGAAUUACUGGAUGUGGUGGGGGAAGUUUGGAAAGUCUGCAGAUGUGGAUCCCUGAUUUUUGUGCUCAGUUCUAGCUGGAAGGUAAUGGGCCCCAUCAUGAUCGAAGCAGUGUUUACAACCAGAACAACUUAGUAGAUGGAGUUUACUGCCUCCCAAUAUCACACUGGAUUGAAGUCUCUGGACAUACUGAUGAGAUGAAGCAUACAACUGACUUCUAUUUUAAUAUAGCAGGACACCAGGCUAUCCAUUACUCCAGAAUUCUGCCAAACAUCUGGCUGGGAAGUUGCCCUCGGCAGGUGGAGCAUGUGACUGUCAAGCUAAAACACGAGCUGGGUAUUACAGCUAUAAUGAACUUCCAGACCGAAUGGGAUAUUGUGCAGAAUUCCUGGGGUUGCAACCGCUACCCAGAACCCAUGAGCCCUGAAAUCCUCAUGAAACUAUAUAAAGAGGAAGGUCUUGCCUAUGUCUGGAUGCCAACCCCAGACAUGAGCACCGAAGGAAGAAUACAGAUGUUGCCACAAGCUGUCUGCCUCUUGCAUGGGCUACUUGAGAACGGACACACUGUCUACGUUCAUUGUAACGCCGGUGUUGGCAGGUCCACAGCUGCUGUCUGUGGCUGGCUGAAGUACGUGAUGGGAUGGAGCCUGCGGAAAGUGCAGUAUUUUGUGGCUUCCAGGAGACCAGCUGUCUACAUAGAUGAGGAAGCUCUGAUUCGUGCUGAAGAUGAUUUCUACCAGAAAUUUGGACCUCUUCGUUCCUCAUGCAAACUUCAAAACUAGAAAAGCAGAAGCAGAGAAGGAGAGUGAGGAGGGAUCCGUACAUGUCAGCCGCAAGGAUAUAGUAUUCAUGAGUCGGACUCCUGUCUCUGCUGUUCGGAUUACAGGCUUGUCUUAAAUGUCCUGAGAAUUUUACCAAAAAAUGCCUCUGAGUGUUUUUUUAUUUGCCUUCUUUAAGCUGGUGUAAUUCAUGUUUUCAAGACUUUUGCUGCAAGUAUGAGAGGUGGAAACUCUGUAAAGGGAAACUAAGAUUCCCGUUUAAUUGUUUGCCCAUAGGCACUGAGGUUUUAGGGUAGACACUAAAUAAGAGACGACUUGAGAUAAAAUAAUGAAAUUUGGAAAUGUUGCAGUGACAAGAAAGUGAAGGCAUUCUCAGAAACACAGAUACAAGGUUGACUGGAUCAAAGAUCAGGUUAGGAGGGAGCUGAUAGUCAAAGCUGCUCAGGUAUUUUAGGGAGUGUCCAUUACUGAAGUGUUUUAUAGUAAUUUUAUAAAGAAAUGGUAUUAAUGAUAAAGAGCAGACGGAAAUGGAUUUUUCAACUCUAUUUCUUAAACCCAAGCCUAAUGUCUAUGCAGUGAACUAAAUUUUUCUCUCUUGUUUACCUGUAGAGUUAAUGUUAAAUAUUAUGAGUUAUAACUAUAUUCUUUAUAAUACUGAAGUUAUGUUGGGAUGUGGCAUGAAGAAAGGAAACAGUUCUGUUUAUGCAGACUUACUCUAUUGCGGGGCAGAACUAGUUUAUUGCAAUAGCCUAGACUCUGAGGUCUCUAAGUGAGAGAUAAAUUUGGCUCUUCUGGCCUCUGCACUGUUGUACAAUGGGAUCUCUAGGUGCUAUGUCAAUCUAAAUGGCAACCACUGAAAUAAAACAAGAUACAGGAGGAACUGAUUGAUGAGCUUUUAGAUACAGUUCACGUUGCAAUACCAAGAACCAGGCUGAAAUUCUGAGCCUCAGCCUCCGUUUUGUUGACCUAGCUGAAUUUCUUCACUGUAGCAAGAGUCUCUCUCUCUCGUUCUUGGGCAAGCAGUGUGUGGAUAUUCAUAGAUGCUAGAUUUAACCUAGUGAAGCUAAUGCUAGGCUAUCUUUAUGGUGAAUGGAAUAAAUAUACUAUAUAGAAGCAAAAGAGCAGCUCUGUAGAGAGAUUCUCAGGAGGUUAGCCUCGGUUGGAUUAUAUACCUGGAUUUGUGGGUGAUCUCUAACAUCUUCCAGUGUUGUUCAGUCCCUUAGCUAAACUAAGCGAUGGCACCAAUAGCUUCCAGCCCUGCUCAGAUAAAACCAAUUCGCUGUAGUUCAGGGCCAAGACAAAGGGGAGAGAAAGCAUUCCCCAAGAAACAGAGAGGACUGAGAAUUAAGGAUGCAUAAACAUGAAGAAAAUAAUUUCUAUAGGUUUUUUCUUCAGUGAAAUCUCACUUUUUUCCAGCCAAACAACUUGUCCUUCUAAAGAUUCAGUCAGUGCCGGAGUAGUUCAGCUGAUAUAUAUCGAUUAUCUGAACACUUAAUGGAGAAACUGUUAGUUGUGAACUGUUUAUGGAGAAUAUCCAGCAUUAUACAAUACAAUGUUUUAUUUAUCUUACACUUCAAUUGUCUUCAAAAGGAAAAAUGUUAAUUUAAAUUAUUUUAAAUGUGUGGUUUUGAUCAUAGGUUUGUUUUUCUUUUCUGCUUUGAAAUAAUGCUGCCUAUUGAAAAAGUGGAUGAGGAAAGAUCACAAUUAAA